CGCUUCGGCCUCCUCCGCCUUCCCUCUCCGGACCUUCCUCUUUUCCGGGAAGCCCCCGCAUUCCGAAACGGUGAGGAAUGUGGGUCCUCACCCGCCGACAUAAUCAACGUGGCAAUGACCCUCGACGUUAACUACCUCCGAGGAACCAUGGCUGCAGUUUUGUCCAUGUUGCAGCAUUCCACGUGCCCCGAAAACCUUGCCUUCUUCUUCCUCUCUGCGCACGACGCUCCCGAACUCUUCUCCAGCAUCAAAUCCACCUUCCCUUAUCUCAACAUGAAGAUUUAUCGCUUUGAUUCCGACCGGGUUCGUGGCAAGAUUUCUAAGUCGAUUCGACAGGCCUUGGACCAGCCUUUGAAUUACGCGAGGAUAUACCUUGCCGAUACUAUACCAGAGGACGUGAAACGCGUUAUAUAUUUGGAUUCUGACCUCGUUGUGGUGGAUGAUAUAGCUAAGCUUUGGGGUGUUGACAUGGAAGGCAAGGUGGUGGCUGCGCCUGAGUAUUGCCAUGCAAAUUUUACGUUGUAUUUCACGGAGAGUUUUUGGUCAGACCCGGUUAUGUCGAAGACGUUUGAGGGAAGGAACCCGUGUUAUUUCAACACGGGGGUGAUGGUGAUGAAUGUGGAUAUGUGGAGAAAGGAAAUGUACACGGAGAAGGUGGAGGAAUGGAUGGCGGUGCAGAAGCAUCAGAAGAGGAUCUACCAUUUGGGUUCUCUUCCACCCUUUUUGUUGGUUUUGGCAGGGAAUAUAAAAGCCGUUGAUCAUCGAUGGAAUCAGCAUGGUUUGGGUGGAGAUAAUUUCGAAGGAAAAUGUAGGAGCCUUCACCCUGGACCCAUUAGUCUUUUGCAUUGGAGUGGGAAGGGUAAACCCUGGUUGAGGUUAGAUUCUUGGAAGCCAUGCAUCGUUGACCAUCUAUGGGCUCCUUAUGAUUUAUAUCGCUCUUCUAGACACUUUUUUGAAGAAUGA